GGGAGACCUGGGGGAAAGGGCUGGGGCCGGGCAGGAAAGUGACUCUGCACCAACAGCCCCAUCUCUGCUCCCCCCUCUGCAAGUCCCAGGGCUGCUGCCCUCCCUGACCCACUCUGGGUCUCAGCUACGGGAGAGCAAACACCCCAAGGGCAUGGGCCAGGGACCAAAUCUCCCGGCCAGAGGGGAAAGGGAGAGAGAUCUGACUGGGCAGCAGGAGUAAUAAGUGGAGAGGGUGGUUCCCAGCUGCCCGACCUGCCCAGAUCUGCUCCCUGCGUCAUCCCUGGCCCUACUGGCUUUCCUGGGGAUGAGGUGUCUGAGCAGAGAGAGGACAAAUCCGUUCUGGCUCUCAUUUGUCAGGGGCUGGGCCGCAGGGAAAGGAAUUCCUCCAAAGCUACUCCUUGGAACCUGCUCUAGCUGGAGCGCACAGGGGAACAGACAGGUAGGGUUGGGUUGAAAUUGUGAAGCCAGUUGUCCAGUUACUUACAACAGUGGGUCUCAACCAGGGGUACGUGCCCCGCCUAGGGGUACUCCGAGAUCUUUCAGGGAGGAUGUCAGCUCCUCUAGAUAUUGGCCUAGUUUUACAACAGGCUGCAUAAAAAGCACUAACGAAGUCAGUGCAAACUAAAAUUUCAGACAGACAAUGUACCUGUUCAUACUGCUCUAUAGACGAUACACUGAAAUGUAAGGACAAUAUUUAUAGUCCAGACGAUUCAUUUUAUAAUUAUAUGGUAGAAAUUAGAAAGUCAGCAAUUUUAGAGUACUAGCAUGCUGUGACCCUUUUGUAUUGUUGUGUCUGAUUUUGUAAGCAAGUCAUUUUCCAGUGAGGUGAAACUUGGGGUACGUAAGACAAAUCAGACUCUGGAAGGGGUACAGUAGUCUGGAAAGGUUGAGAGCCACAGGCUUACACCACGCUCAAUGCUACUAGCUGGGCCUCAGCUCUGAUCCAGGCUGGCACUGCCUAGAUUCAUCUUUUGGGCUGAAGGUCUCUGCCCAGGGGGUGAAUUUAGUUUGGCAAAGUUUGAGGAUAAAACCUCUGAGCCUUUUCCUGAGAAGCGGCCAGAGGGGCGGCGCAAGUUACCACCUGUGUCAGUUUUUCAACACUUCCGUUACCUUUGGACAACGAAUUUUAUGGCUGCAGAAGAACGUCCGUGUUUCACUUUAGGUUGUCCGGUCCUCCUUGAGGGUAGGAAAAGGGAAUGGCUGCAGCAAAAGCAGUGACCUUUGAGGAGGUGGCUGUGUAUUUCACCGCGGAGGAGUGGGCUCUGCUGGACCCCACUCAGAGAGCCCUCUACAGGGACAUCAUGCAGGAGAAUUAUGAGAAUGUGACCUGGCUGGCAGGUGAUGGGAUGGCCAGUGAGACCGAGGAGGAGAAUCCCCAGCAGGGAGGCCCUGAGUUGGCAGACCCACACGGGCCAUUCUCGGGAAGGUCCCAGGGGAACAUUUGCCAGGGAGGAGCUAGCGUGAGUCAGGGCAGGUCGGAGGAGCAGCGGGGAAACCUGCCCUGGGAGAGAGAGGAUAAAUCCUCUCCUGAAGAGGGAUGUUUCAAGAAACUCAAAGAGCUCCUGGACCUUAAGGGGAAGCACAACAGAGGGAAGGGAAAAGCAGGCACUGAACGUGGGCAGGGCUCACAAGAGAUGCUCCAUUUGGAAACCCACCUGGAAGAGGCAUCCCAUAGAUGUGGGGAAAGCCCCCAGCAAAACUCAGUGCUUCCACAACAUCAGAGCAUAGCCCUCACCAUCCAUCUCUCGAGGCAGAAACCUUGCCGGUGCCCCGACUGCAGGAGAAGUUUUGUUCGGAGCUCGACCCUCAUGGCACAUCAGAGGCUCCACACAGGAGAGAGGCCCUACAAAUACCCCGACCUGCAGAGGAACCCUUUCCAGUGUCCAGAAUCCAGGAAAUGCUUUGCCGAGAACUCGGCCCAGACAAAGCACCAGCAAUUCCACCCCGGAGAGAGUCCCUACGCGUGCCCAGACUGCGGGAAAGGAUUCAGCCUCACGAUGCACCGGAGGGUCCACACAGGCAAGCGCCCCUUUCUGUGUCCUGACUGUGGAAUGGGCUUCAAUCAGAGAGCCAAGCUCACCAUGCACCAGAGGGCCCAUGAGGGGGAGCGACCCAACUGCAGGAAAAGCUUCGGCCGGUGGGUACCCCUGGGGCAGCCCGGGAGGGCCCAUUGCAGGGAAAAGCCCUGUGUCUGCACCAGCUCUGGGAAAAGAUUCAACGCCUCGGCCCUAAUCAAACACUGGCGGGGCCACAUGGGAGAGAGGCCCGACAAACGCCAUGAGGGCGGGAAAAGCUUUGGCCGGCGCUCCGACCUGGCCCAGCGCUCUCCGGCCCCAGAGGAGAGGCCCCGCAGCAAAGGUACAGCCCUGCCAAAACACCGGGUGGCAGAGAGACCCUACCACUGCCUCGACUGCGGCAGGACCUUCAGCAGACGCUCUAACCUGCUCGCCCACCAGCGUGGCCACACGGGCGAGCAGCCCUACAGGUGCUCAUGCUGCGGGAAAGGCUUUGGCCUACGUUUCAACCUUGCAAUGCAUGGGAGAGUCCAUGCUGGCAAGUGAUGCAAUUCAUGCCCCCACUGAGGCAGCAGCUUCAAGCAGAGAUCCGACCUUAUGGUGCACUGGAGACUCCACGUCAAUCAGUCUUCAGAAGAGCAGGUUGGAAAAUAGGGUUUUCUUUUGGGUUAUUUUUCCCUCCGUGGAAAAUUUUAACUUUUCAGGGAAAUUUCUAACGCUAAAACAUUUUGGCCAACAACGGAAAUAUUUGCCGCGGUGCCUCGGUGUCGUGGAGUUGUGGUUCACGUAUGCUCCCAUUCUCCUCUCUAGGCCCGUCUCCCUGGUCAGCCUGCCUCUCCCAUGAUACACCAUGGUCUCCCCUCUUGAUUUCAAUGGGAUGUAGGCACUUCUCUGCGUUAUAUUCUAGGCAUACACGGCGAGACCUUCAAUAAAAGCAUAAAUCCUCUCA